UCUAAAUUAUUUUUUAAAUUGUAAAAUGGCUGACGAAGAUCGCGAGAGUUUAGUUCAACAAUUUAUAAGUGUUACUGGAGUUGAGACCAAUAGAGCUAAGUUUUACUUAGAGUCAUCAGCAUGGAACCUAGAGUUAGCAAUGAGCAGUUUUUUUGAAGGUGCAGAUAAUGACUCCCCUGUAGAUGAUAUUGUAAUGUCAACAGAAUCAUCUGAGAAUCAGGCUGCAAGGACUUCAGCAGCAAACAAUUCAAACCAAAGAGUUCAGACAUUCAGCUCUAUUCGUGUAGACUCUGAGUCUUCAGAUGAAGAAGGACAAGCUUAUUAUGCUGGAGGUUCAGAUACUAGUGGACAACAGAUACUUGGUCCUCCAAAGAAGAAAGAUGCAAAUAAACUUGUUGAUUCAUUGUUUCAGUCAGCCAGGGAGCAUGGUGCUGAGGAGAAAAAAGACGAUGAACGAUCUGGUCCUGUGAAGAGGGCAACCUUUGUGGGUGCCGGUUAUAGACUUGGGGAGACACAAGAUGAUACAACUAUUGUAAGAGGGGCAACUGAAUCCAGACCAAGAGAACAGGUUGAAAAGAAAUUAAAGCUGUGGAAGAAUGGCUUUAGUAUAGAUGAUGGUCCACUCAGGGACUACAAUGACCCAGAGAACAAAUCUUUCCUGGACAGUAUUGCAAGAGGUGAAGUGCCCCAGGAUCUAGUCCGUGAGGCUCGAGGUGGGGAGGUCAGCCUUGAUAUGGAGGACCACAGGACAGAAGACUAUGUCAAACCAAAGGUUACAGUCAAAGCAUUCUCUGGGGCUGGACAUAUGUUGGGCAGCACCGAACCAAACUCUUUCAGCCCCACUCCAUCUGUGAUAAAGUGUGCACCACCUUCUGGAGACAGGAUCCCCCCUCCCCCUACAGUAGAUGACAAGCUGCCAGUCACAAAUGUUCAAUUACGUCUAGCUGAUGGGAAAAGGAUGGUUCUCAAAUUGAACAACACCCAUAGAAUCAGCGAUAUAAGGCAACAUAUAAUUGCAUGUUAUCCACAGUAUGCACAUGGCAAUUUCUCUUUAAUGACCACAUUUCCAAACAAGGAUCUGCAGGACGAGUCUCUUACUCUGGAACAGGCUAACCUUUUGAAUGCUGUCAUUGUCCAGAGAAUCAAGUGAUUCAACAAUUUACAGCUGCUUCUAUUAAAGGGAGUGAAUUUUUGAGGUUCUAAGUGUUGCAUAUUGUUUCAUUUGUUCAAAUAUUUGUUCUUUUUGAAUAACUGUUGAGUGUGAUUGGUUCAAAUUAAACCCAUGGCCUGAUAUAAAAAAGGAGGAAUAGAAAUAAAAACUUGUGUUUCAUAUGAUUUAUUGCAUGUAGAUCAGAACAGUGAUAACAAAUACAUGUCUCUCUAGCUGUGCCUCUUGUAUAAGUCAUUUAAAAUGAUCAAAUCUUAUCAAUUUUGUUAAAUUUUUAAUUAUAAGUGCUCAUUUUAUUAGUUACAAGAUGUCCACAGAAAGACUUAAUGGCAUUUCAGCCAUUCUGAGCUGUAAGACAAAUGACAUUUACAGCUAAUUACUAGUUCUAAAUGUUCUUGUCUAAAAAAUACAGAUGUGUGAACUUAGCUGUAAUCAAGUAGGCCAAGAUGCAAUGAAGACAUUUUUGUUGUGUUGCCUUUUAGAUUAUCAGUGAUUGGCCUUCAUACUUGGUAGACCUACAUCUUGACACUACUAUUGGUUCUACCCAUUGUACAUUGUCAGUGAAAGGUUACGGCACCAGAAAUUAUAGCUACUAAGUAUGAUGAUUUUCAGAUGACUGUAUUAUGUUCUGUUAAAAAAUAAAAUAAUUGAAAUGACUAAUUCUGAUUAUUAACUGACUUGAUGUAUAGAAUUUAUCAUGAUGGCAUGUAUCAAAACAAAAAAAAAAAUGCAAGAAUUUUGAGUGCCAUAGAUUUUUUUUUUGUAGGAAGUAUCAGAUUUGUGCAAGUCACUGUGAUUCCUAUCUUAUAGCAUUGGACCCUGGUGGAGACUCUGAGGGGAUUGAUUGGGAACCUGUGAAUAUUGUACUUCUGUUGUAGGAAGUAAUAAAGUGUGUUGUGCUGGACACUGCAUUCCCUUGUUGUACAAAGGGGAUCACCAAAGCUAGUGCACUCUACCUCACUUAUUCAUAAAGGUCUCUCUAAGAACUUAUUUAGUUUGUGUGAAAUUGAUUGAUAAGCAAAGUCACUCACUGUGGGAUUUCUUGAAGAGUGACUUUUUUUAUAAGACCAAUCCUUGAUUCAGAUACAUGCUUAACACUGUGCUGAACUGUAUGUUUAGAUUGAUUGAAUUCUAGUUUUUUUAAAGUUUUCUUCAUUGAUUUCACAAAAAGUUAUUUGAAGUGUUUUAAUGGUGUACAUAUUAAGUAAAUCAUACAAGUUUAGAUAAUACUAUAAUAUUCUCUAGUAGCUUGAAGACAACAUUAUGUAAAGUAUAUUCCAGUCAGUCAAUAUUGUCUACAUUUACAAUAGGCUCAAUGUUAUUCACACUUCUAGCAUUCAAUAGUGUUCAAUAUUUUCCUAUUUUCAUAACUAACAUGCUGGAAAAAAUCUAAUACAAAUAAAUCACUUUUUUAAAAGCCAGUAUCAUUUUAACUUUAAAAUAUGUACACGCUCAUUGUUUAAAAUAAAGAAAACAGAACAGUUUUUGUUGAAUGAAAUACUUGUAUUGAACAAUAAAAUCUUUGCAUUCUUU